CUCCCCUGUCCUUCUUCCAAACGCAGCCUUGAAGUCUUCGCCGUCCGAGUUCCCAAUCCAAAUCCUUCCCCCUUCUCCCAAUCCACGUCGAAUUCUCGAUCCCAUCUCCGGCUUCGGCUUUUUGACUGUCAUCGCGGUAGAAAGCAUCAAAGGAUCGCGCAUGGAAAGCUCCGGUUGCGUGGGAUUCAUGGCGGUCGUCGCUGUCUGCGGCGGCGUCGCGCUCUUCGCCGUGCAAGUCCACAAGCGCCUCGCCUCCGAUUUCAUCAAGAAGUUCGAAUCCGAGAUCGGACGAGAGCGGAAGCGGGCGAAGAAGAAGGUGACGUUCGCACCUGACGUGCUGGAGCCGUCGGCCAACAACGAGGAGUACCGGAGGCGGUGGACGGUGGCUCAGCGGCAGGCGGCCGGAUUCCGGUAGAGUUCCAGGGAUCGCCUUGCUCUUUUGCUACUCUACUCUACUCUUUCAUUUCCUUUUCUUUUUCUCUGUUCUCCUAAUCUCGGUUUAUGUAAAUACAAUGUAAUUGUUCUUGGAAUCAAAAGGGUUGAUAGCAAAAUCUUUGCGAUGA